AUGAUUCUGAUCAGCUUGCUCCGCCGCCGCUUCCACGAUGAUGAUUUUGAACCAGCUGCGGAACUAGGGCUCGGGGAAGGACUCAAUUCCGAGCAGUGCUUCCCGAUCUGUUUGUGUGAAGCGGCCCAUCCCAGGGCGAUUCCGCCACAGGAGAAAACAGAGACCUGCAUCUCCAAAACAGGGGAGUCGAAUUCGAAGCUUUCUCGACGGAAGGGAGCUCGAGGGAGGAGGCAGUUGAGGUUUUCCGGUUCACGGCGUUUGAGGAAAUCGGAAAGGCGGCAGCUUUCGACCUUGACAUGGAUGAACGGGAUGCUUUCCCCGAACCUGUCGAUGAGCAAAUUGCCCGAAUUCGUCCUGCCGGAGAAAGGGUAG